AUGGAUCAACUCAAGGAAUUCCUACCGUCGGCUGAGAAGGGGUACCUCCCGUACUACCUGUUUUUCAUUGGCAUCGUGGCCAUGGGAAACUCGUUGCAGAAUCUGGCGACAUUGCACUACACGCGGCGCAUCUACAAUGGGCGCUUUGUGCCGAACCACGCGCUGGCCCCGAAAACUGAGCGCUUCAACCCCGAGGACAGCGUCAACGUGCUGAAGCCCGCCUCAGCCACGGGCAAGGACGCCGAGAAGGCAAAAGACCAGGUGACGCCGCUCACCGCCCGCGUCUUUGGCAACUACACCUUCCUGGCUGGUGUCAUCCGUGUCUACGCCAGCUUCAGCCCCGAAAACGCAUCCCUGUACCAGCUCGCUCUCCUGACCCACGGUGUUGCGGCGCUGUCUUUCACGAGCGAGCUGUUGAUUUUCAAGACCAUGAAGUUUACGGGUCCCCAAGGCUUCCCCUUUGCGGCUGCCUAUCUGGGAGGACUCUGGAUGACUCUGCAGUACAGCCACUAUGUCCAGUAG